AAGCAGGUACUAAAGAAGAACUUGUAGCUCUUUGUUUUUCUGCUUCCAAGUUAAAUCUACCUAUUAUUCCAACAGCUCGUGAUAUUUUAGAACAUAAUGCUAAGUGCUAUGAAAGUAUUUUAUCUGCUUGUGGAAUCCAAGACCCCCUGAAAACAUACGAAGGAUGGAUGGACGAGAAGAGUGCAAUAGAUAAGUGGCCACCGACAUUUUUGUCUGACAUUACUCAGUUUUUAUUAAAGCAUGGAGAUGUCUCCCUUACAAAUUCACUUCUCAAAGAUUACAAGGUUGGCAAAGCAUAUGAAUAUUUUACAAGUGGCUGGCUCCAAGAAGUUUUUUUAUUACCGUUUGACAAGCGAAAAGAAAUGCAUCUUAAGAGCAAAGUGCAUCCCCUCCCAACGAAUUCGAGAUGAUUUACAUGACUGCUGGGCAGCAAUUUCGGAAGAGGAUGGUGAGGUUUUGGGAGCCUACUGUACAUGUACUGCAGGAUUGGGGCAAACAUGCAACCAUGUUGCUGCAUUACUUUUUCGCAUCGAGGCUGCUAAUCAGUAUGGGCAGACAUCAUGUACUAUGGCCAGAUGUGGUUGGGUGCAGCCAAAGGUGAUGAAAGAUUUGGAGCCACAGAAAAUAUCAGCCUUAUGUACCAGCCUGAAGAAAUCUUCUCGAGCUAAAUAUGCUAAAAGCAGACCACUAGUGGCCACUGAAAAGAAAAAGUACAACCCUCUUGAAAUUGAGGAGUCCAACACCGCCAUACUUGACAGUUUGAGCAUUGCACUUCGUGGUGUUGUCCCCGAGGCCUGUUUAUUCAAAGGUUUACCUCGGACUGGUGAUGUUCCAACUUCAGCUCAGGAAGCAGAGGGAGCCGUAGGAUCAAACGAAGAAGAUACAGGCCAUGAAGACCUUUCUGUUAUUGAUAAAUUUGAUUUAUCAACCAUAUCAAAGUCUUAUGGUUCUCAAAAUACUUAUGAAUUUUUAAAUUUUUUACCAAAAAUUGAUGAUUAUGAAAUUUCAACUAUUGAGAAAUUUACUGUUGGACAACAUGAAAAUGAAAAUUGGCACCGCUUGCGUAAAGGACGGAUAACUGCUUCUAAAUUUUAUCAAGUAUAUACAAAAGUGAACUCUGUUCUGGAUGGUCGUAGAAAAGAUGUACAAGUAGAUUGUUCUUCACUUACCAAGUCUAUCAUGUGCUAUACAAAGAUUAAUCCCAAUAUCAAAUCUUUAAAAUAUGGUAGAGAAACUGAGCCAUUAGCAAUCUGUUCUUAUUUGAAUACUUAUAAAAAACAACAUGUCAAUGUGUCAUCAAGAAAGUGUGGUCUGUUUAUAGACAAGAGAAAUAUUUUUCUUAGUGCUACACCAGAUUUACUGGUUUCUUGUUCAUGUUGUGGAGAUGGUCUUCUUGAAGUUAAGUGUCCUCUUGUACCGGAGUGUAAACUUAAUGAAUGUCAAGAGAAUAUAGAACCUAUGGAUGUUGAUGUGGGUACAAGUAACAGUUCUCGAUAUUUUUGUCCAGUGUGUAGAAACAUCAUAAAAGAAACAGGGUGCUAUACAUAA